AUGGAUUCGAAUCGGUGUAGUGACGAUACCUCGGCGAUCCUCGGCUACGGAUUGGAUGUGAAAGCGGCUACGAGGAUGAUGACCGGCCCGAAUGCCGUCGGACCGAGGCACACCAUCGAUAAUAUCCUUGGUUUGGCCAGGAAGGAGGACGACAGGGAAGGCUCCAUCACGCCAGGGAAUGGCGAGAGCGCCGGCGAGGGCAGCUGCAACUCCAACGACGGCCUCUCAGACCUCCGAUACGGCAAAAUGACCUCUGGUAUCGGGGGUGCCAACUCUGGAACGACAGGCAGUGGCUCAGAAGACGAAGGAGGGGCGACAGCUGGUGGACUAUCAGAGUCAGACAGCUGCAAGAAGAAGCACCGGAGGAACAGGACUACCUUCACCACGUACCAGCUGCACGAGCUGGAGAGGGCGUUCGAGAAGAGUCACUACCCAGACGUCUACAGCAGAGAAGAGCUGGCGAUGAAGGUCAACCUGCCGGAGGUCAGAGUUCAGGUUUGGUUCCAAAACCGACGAGCAAAAUGGCGACGACAGGAAAAGAUGGAAGCUGCAAGACUAGGCCUCAGCGAGUACCACGCCGUCUCCACACUAUCUCGAGCCGGUGGCAGUAGCCUUGCUCUUCCCAUGGACCCAUGGCUGUCACCACCUCUACUCUCAGCCUUACCAGGCUUCCUCAGCCAUCCCCAAACAGGUUACCCCAGCUAUCUGACAUCUCCCAUAGCCACGGAGAUCAGUAGACCGCCUCCAGUGGCACACUCCCACUCCCCAAACUCAAACCCAGAUCUGAGAACUACCUCAAUAGCUGCGUUGCGCCUUAAAGCCAAAGAACACGUAGAAAAUAUAACCAAAGGACUGCAGAUGGUUUAAAAUGAGUGGUGAACUUGUACAUAUUAUUUAAAUAGUUGUGUUAUGUAGGUUUGUAUAUAUUUGUGUAUAUUGACUGCAUUGUGUAUAACGGAUAGCUGUUGCAUUUCCUGUGAUUUGAUCUGUAUAAGAGAACUAGGAUGCUAGAACUGUAGAACGAGAGAUUUUGUUGUAAAAUCGAUUUAUUUGAGGUUAUGGCAUCUGGAUGGGUUUUCAGGUUUUUUCAUCCUGAUUAUAGUCGAACUGAGUUGUUUUCAUUACGAAUUGUUGUUUCACGUAUGAAAUGCAUUCAUUGUUUUGAGAUGUUUAACAUUCGAAAGAAGAGAAUUUCAACUUUUGACUACCGUAAAUAUUAAGGUAAGAAUGUUUCCUUUAGAGCUGUGAAUUUUUGUAAAUAAAGGCACAA